GGCGGCGGCAGCGCUGGAGAUUGGUCUCUCUCCUGGCCGCUCGCUCCGCUUUCCAACCGAGCCGAGACAGGGAAAAGGCGGGCCAGCGGGGAGAUGCGAGACUGUUGCAGCCGCCGCCAGGGAGGCAGAUAAAGAGCAGGGAAGGGCUACUCUCUCCCGGGGCGGGAAGCGACUCCACGGCCGGGGCUUGGAGGUAGCUCGUUUUCAGGGCUACCGGCUCUCCUGGUGUCGUCCGGUCGUGAGCAGAGCGCCCGGCCUCCCCAGCCUCUGGAAGGCGCGGAGGCAGCCAAUGCCGGACCGGAUUUCCUCGGCCCGAGAGGCUGCUCGGCCUUCUCCUGACUGCCCGUGAGGCCUCUUCACCAAAGGAGCAUGUAAAUUCAGGGUUCAUCCUUGGUUUCCCAGCUGAACAAGCAAGAUGCCGGAGCAAAGUAAUGAUUACCGAGUGGUUGUGUUUGGAGCUGGUGGCGUUGGUAAGAGUUCUUUGGUACUUCGUUUCAUACAGGGGACCUUCCGGGAGACAUACAUCCCCACUGUUGAAGAUACGUAUUGCCAGGUGAUCAGCUGUGACAAGAGCAUCUGUACUCUUCAGAUCACAGACACCACUGGAAGCCACCAGUUCCCUGCCAUGCAGAGACUCUCCAUCUCUAAAGGCCAUGCCUUCGUGUUGGUGUACUCUGUGACCAGCAGGCAAUCCGUAGAGGAGCUCCAAGCAAUCUAUGAGCAGAUCUGUCAGAUCAAAGGAGACGUUCAGAAAGUCCCAAUUAUACUGGUAGGAAACAAGAGCGAUGACCCUCAGAGAAAAGUGGACACUGGUGAAGGAGAAGUCCUCGCCACAAAAUGGAAGUGCUCCUUCAUGGAGACCUCAGCCAAAAUGAACUACAACGUGCAGGAGCUCUUUGAAGAGCUCCUUAAUUUGGAAAAGAGAAGGAAUGUAAGUCUGCAGGUGGAUGGCAAGAAAUCGAAGCAGCAGCGAAAGAGGGAUAAACUGAGAAGCAAAUGUUCUGUGAUGUGAUGCCUGCUGUGGCUAAAAUAAGAGCGUAGUCUUGAUUUUGCAGAACAUCUAUUCAGAGAAAAUUCUGAAUAUAGAGGUUUUCAGAGGCUAAGUAUAUCUUUUAAGAUGUUAGUAGUAAAUGUGGGUUGGCUCAUCUGAAUAUUUACUUAAGGGCUGUUGGAUUUUGCAUGUUCCAUUUUGCACAAGCAUCAACCAUGCCCACUGCAAACCAGUCAGAUACCAUUCUGUGGUCAAGUGCAUGAUACAAGUGGAAUAAAUAAUCUUAAACCUGCAAUACUGCUGAAUUUUUAUAUUUUCUUCAAUUUGCAACAUAUUUCCUCUUAUACAAAUACUAAUAUGAAUGAGCAAAUCACAACAGGAGUAUACUGAGUAAACCACUACGAUUAGAGGGUACUAUAUCUAAUGCUUGCAUAUACUUGGAGCAAAAAAUAAAUGCUUACAGAUACAACUUAACUAGUUCUCUGACUACUGUAGAUUAUUUGUAUUAUUUAUGGUGGUCCUUCGAAUAUAUAUUUAUAGGAAAGAAACUUUGUUCUCAAGUAUUCCAUGUUAUAUGUAAAUACUUUGUUGUAUAUGUAAAUACAGUAUGCGGUAAUUCUACACUGGCAAGAUUUUAUGUGAAUGAUUAAAAUUAAGUGAGUUUUUAGUGUCUUAUCUAUUGGCUUUCUAACUGUUAAUUGCCCAAGCUUGAUUUUCCAAAACGGCGAAUUUAGUGGAUUUAAUUGUUGGGGGAGGGGGAAAAAGGGAAAUUUGGUAUUCCAGAAUCUUUUAUUCUUUUUUUAACUUGCUUCAGCUGGCAUUGAACACCUGAUAUUGUAAUAGUCUGUUUUAGCUUACCUAAUUAAUUAAUUACCAGAUUAAUCCAUAAUCUAUAAACUAAUUUAUAGACUACAGUUUCUGAAUCAUGGCUCAGUUCACACAACAUCCUACUAGCCAAUUAACUUCAUCAUGUAUAAAAGAGAAUAUUUUUAGCUCAUGGCUGAAUUGUGAGGUCCUUGGUACUCUCUGAGAUUGAUGGUUUUCUUGAAGAUGUUUCAUUAUCAAACUAAUUAACAUUAAUGCUCUGAUGUGCACUGAUGUUGUCUUGUUUGGUAAUAAAAUGUAUGCAAGAAAACCACCAAGUUCAGAAAGCACCAAUAACUACAUUAUGGCUUAGUAUAUUGCUUAGUACAUUAUGGCUUAGACAUUGUGUGCUAUGGUUCUUGAAUUGCUCCAUUUUACUCUAGUGAUAAAAUUUGAUUUACAAUGAAUAAGCAUUUUCUCUCAAUUUUGCUAUCCAAAAAUCUGUAGUAAUCUAUUGUUAAAAAUAAACUUAUUUUCUGUAAAGUAAUUCUAUGCCAGUAGAAUUCGAACAAUAAAA